GAGUUAGCAGAGCAAGAGAGGGGUCACAACAACAAAAAUGUGUGUCCCCGACUGAAGCAACAUUAUUUCCGCCCUGGCCUUGAUACGUCCUGAGAACCACCGAGGAGUUUAAAUGGACUCCAACACGAGCCUGUUGUUGUGACUGACAACUGCUGCGUCUGCUCACCGCCUCCUCACCGUCUGAACCCAAGGAGCAGAGGAUGGAUGGAAACUUUUACCCGGCUGCUAUUUUCUCAGUAGUCCUGCUGACCCUGGCGUUGUCAUCUUCUUCGGCUUUUUUGGAGCCAUAUGACCUUUUAUACAACAACGCAGUGCAGGCGUUCUACAACAGCGAGUAUGAAAACGUGGUGCUCUACAUGGAGGGAGCGCUCAGUAGCUACACUGAGGUCCGACGCACCAGAGUCCGAUGUCGGCUGAGGUGUCAGGACCAGCAUCCGUUUGAUGAGGCGUUCGCCGACAUGCGCUUCUUCGACGUUGUCCUCCGGAGAGCAGCGUGUAUGAACUCAUGCAUCGAGGAGAAACUCGGCUCGCAGUCUUUGCAUAAAGUCAGCGAGGAUGUAGUGCAGGACUUCCAAAGGAGGAUCCCAUACAACUAUCUCCAGCUGGCUUAUCAGAAGUUAAAGCAGCCUGACAAAGCAGCAGCGGCAGCUCACACGUAUUUCCAGGCCAACCCUGAACAUGUGGAGAUGGGUCAGAACCUGGAGCAGUAUAAAGACCUGCAGGGCGUUCAGGAGGAACACUUUGUGGACCGAGAGGCUCGGCCGCACCAGCACUCCUUCACAGCAGCGGUGAGGCUGUAUGAUAGAGGCGACUAUGACGGAGCCAUUGCCCUCUUUGAGGAGGCUUUAAAGGAGUAUUAUAAAGCGGACAUGGAGUGUCGGGCCCUGUGUCAGUGGCCGCAGAAGUUUGAGGGCCACGACCACCUCCGCUACAGAUACAGCCUUCAUGAACUCAUAUCAGAUCACUUCACUCAGGUGCUGCACUGUGAACACGAGUGUGUUCGAGACCUGGCCACCCGGCCGGGCCGCCUCUCACCCAUGGAGAACUACCUGCCUCUGCACUACGACUACCUGCAGUUCGCCUACUACCAGGUGGAGAAGUUGGAAGAGGCCUUGCAGUGUGCUCUGACCUACCUGUUAUUCCACAAAGAGGAGGAGUUUGUUACAGAAAAUGUGGAAUACUACAGAGAGACACUGGGACACAACGGCAAGCCAAGAGAGGAGGCUGCUUGGUACUUAAGGAGACACAAACAGGAACUGGAGCUCCUCCUGAUUGGCAGUAAAACCAUGGGUGUGGAAUUUACUGAAGGGAAUUACUGGAGCAGCACAGGGGGAAGGGAUGACUCGAACAGGAUUCCCUCGGGCACAGAUGGCUGGAUGGAGUAUGUUCCCAUCUCAGAGAAGAAGAACGUCACUCUUGUUGCUCCUCAGCAGCUCAAAGAGGGAGGCCCCUUGGUUUACGACAGCGUGCAGCUGGUGAAUAACUCUGCGGCCUUGAACGGGACCCAGAGGGUGCUGCUGGAUCAUGUCAUAACUGAAGAGGAGUGUUCAGACCUUAGACACUUGGCACACGCUGUUACCAUGGCAGGAGACGGUUACAGAGGGAGGAUGUCUCCACACACUCCCAAUGAAAAGUUUGAGGGCGCCACUGUACUCAAAACCCUGCAGUAUGGCUACGAGGGCAGAGUGCCGAUGAGAAGUGCUCGCCUGUUUUAUGACAUCAGUGAGCGAGCGAGACGGAUUAUCGAGUCAUACUUUCUGCUCAACUCCACCCUGCACUUCUCGUACACACACCUGGUGUGCCGGACAGCCAUCACAGGCCAACAGGAUCACAGAAACGACCUGAGCCAUCCCAUCCACGCCGACAACUGUCUGCUCGACCCCGAGGCCAACGAGUGCUGGAAGGAACCUCCAGCCUACACGUACAGAGACUACAGUGCACUGUUAUAUCUCAAUGGAGAUUUUGAAGGAGGGGAGUUCAUAUUCACAGAAAUGGAUGCCAAAACUGUUACGGCAUCAGUGAAGCCAAAGUGUGGCAGGAUGGUAGGUUUCUCCUCAGGAGGGGAGAAUCCACACGGUGUGAAGGCCGUCACCAGCGGGCAGCGGUGUGCUGUCGCCCUGUGGUUCACACUGGACCCCCUCUUCAGAGAACUGGAGAGGCUGCAGGCAGACGAGGUAAUCCAGGCAUUGGACACACAGGCAGUGUGGGGUCAGGGCCUCAACAUCAACCCUAAAGAUGAACUUUAGAACAAAGGACAUCCCACCAGAACUCCUUCCAUUCAAAUAUGUAUUCUAACUAUUUAUUGAAUUGAGCUUUGGAUCAGAACAUUUCUAUUUUUGUACACUUCAAAGUGCAAGAUGAAUAAUAAUAUUGUUGUUUUUGUGUCGUCAGCCCUAUGUGGUUGUUUUGCUUCAUGUUCAGUACUUGAGUUACUUUUUGUUUCUUUGCUUUUCCUUCCAGUGACAGCUUCUUUUAGUGAAAGAUUCCCAAAAUAACCUAGCUGAGUUGUAUUUGGUGAGUUGGCAGCAGUGACUGUUUUAAUGUUACACUCUUUAUAUCUUAUAUCUCACUGAACUGUGAAAACGCCAAAGAGAAGAACGGUGGUUGAAACCUUUUUUUUUUUCUUGUUCUGGAAAAUGUAAUGGGUUUUAUUCAAAAUAUACAGAUAUUCCAAAAGAAAAGAAGCUUAGUUUCAGUUGUCAGUAAUUCAAUAAUGUCCUAAGAAAUUACAUUAUUAUUAUUACAUUAUUCAUUAACGUUUCAUAUUUAAGUGCCAGUAAUAAUUCUUCAGACUGUAGACAGUGCACUGUUCUUCUAAUGUGUAUCUGAUAAGACAUAAAGAAGAUCUUUUCUAAUAUGCUGAAUAUUUAAUGAUCACUCUGUCCUUCUCUGUGUGUGUGUCACGUCUGAAACUGAAAAUGUCUUCUGUUGUUCACUUUGUCCACUUUCCCUCCAUCCUUGUUGUUGUUGUUGUUGUUGUUGUUGUUGUUGUUGUUAGUGUGAUAAUUCCUUUCUGGGCACACAGAGCACAAAACUGGUUUAAAUGUUCACUGACAUGAGAUCGUAGAAUAUGUGUUUAUUGUUUAUUUAUUUGUUUUAAAUAAUAGACAGCUGCUGCCAGAACUGUCUGCAUUUAUUAAGAGGAGCUUUUAUUCAUAAAAGAUUUGAAUCGUUCCUGUUUAAAGGAAUAUAAAUAUAUUUGUUCGGUCUUAUAUGUCUUUAUAUUUGUGUUGAUAAUACAGGGGAUAGGCCAAGUCUUGCACUGUAAAUCCAAUGGAGAGAAACAUUUAAGGGUAGAUUGUUUUUUUAUUCAACCUGCUUACCAGAAACGUAGUCCGUUUUUUUUUUAAGGUUGGCCACUUUUGUUCACUGAGAUUUAACUCUGAAAUGCUGUAGCACAAGAAAGUGUACAUGUACAUGCCUAUAAAUUAAAAAUACAAUAUUCCAUA